AUGACACAUUACGACGACCGUACAUCUGUUGCUGACCUUGUCGGUAACACACCAUUGGUAGAGCUUUCAAAGCUUCCUAAGGCACUAGGAAUCAAGCCCAAAGUGUAUGCAAAACUAGAACUGUACAAUCCCGGUGGCUCGAUCAAAGACCGUAUUGCCAAGUCCAUGAUCGAGGAUGCUGAGGCGUCUGGCAGAAUUCAUCCUUCAAGAACCACUUUGAUCGAACCCACUUCAGGUAACACAGGUAUCGGCUUGGCCCUGAUGGGUGCUGUCAAAGGUUACAGAACGAUUAUCACUUUGCCUGAAAAAAUGUCCAACGAAAAAGUCUCGGUGCUCAAAGCUUUGGGUGCUGAAAUCAUCAGAACUCCUACCGCUGCCGCUUGGGAUUCACCAGAGUCGCACAUCGGUGUGGCCAAGAAACUGGAGCAGGAAAUCCCAGAUGCUGUCAUCCUGGACCAGUACAACAAUCUGAAAAACCCAGAUGCCCACUAUUUCGGCACAGGUAAAGAAAUCCACAAGCAAUUGGAGCAACUCGAGCUAUUCGACAAGCUCCACAGUGUUUUUGCCGGUGCAGGAACCGGUGGUACCAUCAGUGGUAUCGCCAAGUAUCUCAAGGAACAGCGUUCUGAUGUACAAAUCGUGGGGGCUGAUCCUGAGGGCUCUAUCCUUGCUCAGCCAGAAUCACUCAAUGCCACGGAAGAAGCUGAAUACAAGGUCGAAGGUAUUGGCUAUGACUUUGUUCCCAAAGUGUUGAACCGCAACUUGGUCGACGUUUGGUUCAAGACCAAUGACCUUGACGCCUUCAGAUACGCCCGUCAGCUAAUUUCUAAUGAAGGUCUACUCGUAGGCGGUUCCAGUGGAAGUGCUUUUGCCGCUAUGAUGGACUACAGCAAACAACACCCCGAGCUUACCGAAGAUGAUGUAUUUGUUAUCAUCUUGCCCGACUCGAUUCGUUCAUACUUGACCAAAUUUGCUGACGACGAAUGGCUAAAGAAGAACAACUUGUGGGAUGACGAUAUUCUUAAGCCUUUAGGAAGAAGUCAAAACGACACAUUCAAGGGUGCAACCGUCAAGACCCUAAACUUGAAGCCAGUGGUGUCCGUGAAGGAAGACGCACCUAUCUCCGAAGUUGUCAAAAUUCUGACAGAUAACGGCUUCGAUCAAUUACCUGUAUUGACCGAAGACGGCAAGUUGUGUGGCCUAGUGACGCUCUCGCAACUGUUGAAGAAGCUCUCUUCGGGCGAAGCCGUGAAAAGUAUUCAAAAGCUGUUUUUCGAUUUCAGAAGGCUCAACAACUUCGAUGAAGUUUCUUCUUACAAUGAAAACAAGUCUGGUAAAAAGAAGUUCGUCGAUUUCACAGUUGACAGCAAGCUAUCUCAGUUGAACCAAUUUUUCGAAAAGAAUUCAUCUGCCGUUAUCACUGACGGCCUCACUCCAGUGCACAUCGUUACGAAGAUGGACUUGCUAGAGUAUUUGACUAAAAAGGUGUAG